CGGACAUAUAGCAAAUAAUCAUCAAAUGCCUCUCGCGUUCCACUCCCGUGACGUCCACAGAGAGCGCGUCACAGUGAGCCACAAAGAGCUAUCUACUAUCGCCGUUGAGAUCUAGUCAGUAGUCACUCUUUUAGCCUUCUCGCAUCAGAUCAGCUGAAAAGAUGUUUGACGAUCAAGACCUGGGAUUUUUUCCCAAUUUUCUUGGCAUUUUUAUAUUUGUUCUGGUGAUAGCUUAUCAUUAUGUGAUGGCUGACCCAAAGUAUGAAGGCAACUGAAAUUGGUGGCGUUGUACACUCAAAUAAGAGUCUGAAUGAUAGUCAAUCAGUGUGAAUUCAUGUAGUUUGAUCAUUAUGAAAGUUUUAAAUAGAACAUUUCAGGCAAAUUCUCUAACGCUUCAAACUUUUUGAGGUUUUAGAAUGUGAAGUUUGUACGCCAAGGAUUUUGGGAGAAAAUCAAUAUCUCUACCAUGCCGCAUAA